GGGGGGAGUGGAACAGGGGUGCUCUGAAGGUGUGAAGUGCCUCCUCACAGGCACUGAAGUCUCAUGGCUCUGAAGCCAAAGGGGCAUUUCCUAAAAGCUGUGGGGUGAGAGUAACUGCUGUAGAAACCCUAGAAAUAAUGGGAAGCCCAGCCAGGCUUCUUGCUUUUUUCAGUUGUUCUGUAGCCUCUGGACUUACAGCUGGGGGCUUCGUGUGUGCUGUGAGCCAACGCACAACAGCUAGGCAGUGUGCAGAUGUACCCUACACCAGCACUGUGGGGUUGGAUCUGGAGGGUUGCUGGAAUAGCAUGUACUUCCACCCUCUGAUCUGUUCACUUCUCCAGUUUCUUUUUUUGGAAGAGGUUUUGUUUCCUUUUUGAUCGAUGCUCUGGGCUCACUGAAGCAGCUGUAGAGUUAGUGCUGUGUAGCAGACUGUUUGGAAACACCUGCUUUCCCCUCUGCCCUUCAGCACUGAUGGAACGAGCUUCCCCUGCCACCUGCUUGUGGCUGUGCAUUUCCCUCUGCUGCUGUAACACUGCUUGUGCUGGAACAGCUGCAGGUAGAUGGGAGCACUCUGAGCUUGCAGGGGCCAGUUCUGGACUUGGUGAGAAUCAUGCAGUGGGGCAGGAAUCACCAGUGUAAUUAAUUGCCUUGCUCACAAGUACUGGCAUCAUUUGUCUGCAAGCAGAGUGAGUCUGCCUGGGACCUGGACCAGUGCUGUGCAGACAGGAGAUGCUGCUGGUGAUUGUGGCGCUUUGCAGCAGCCUUGGCCCUUAGCAGAGGGGUUUGGGUGGAUGGGAAAAUGAACAAAGCAGACCAAGUCUGGCCGUGCACCAAUAUCACCUUGAGUGGAGCCGGCUCCUGCCGAGCAACACCGUGCAGCAGCACAGUUAAUGAUUGAUAACGCCGCUGCCUCGGCUCGGUGCUGCUGCCCAGCUGGAAGCAGCAUGCUGCUGCUGGUGCUCCUGGUGCUGGGGCUGCCAGGUCCUGCUGGGUGCCCCAGGACUGAGCCCCUGAGCGGGACCAGCGAUGAGCCCCUGUUCCGCGGUGCUGACCGCUAUGACUUCGCCAUCGUCGUCCAUGCUGGCACCACUGAGUGCUUCUGGCAGUUUGCACGCCAGAGUGGCAAUUUCUUCUUCAGCUUUGAGGUGCAGCGGGCGACAGGCAUUGCCAACAGCAGGCACAUCCUGGCCACAGCAAAAGACCCCAAUGGCUUCCAGCUCGGCACCUCCCAGGAUGUGCGAGGACAGAUCAACUUCCUGACCAAGGAGACAGGUUUCUAUCAGCUCUGCCUGGACAAUGGGCAAAAUCACUUUGGCUUUAUGCAGGUGUAUCUCAACUUUGGUGUCUACUAUGAUGGCUUCAACAUGGAAAAGGAGCAGACAGAAGAGAGGAAACAGCUGAAUGACACGUUGGAUGCCAUUGAGGACAGCAUUCAGAAACUGUACAUCCGCAUCUUCCACAUGUGGAGGUUCUACAACUUUGCCCGGAUGAGGAAAAGGGCCGACUCCUUCCUCCUCGAGUCCAACUACCACUACGUCAACUGGUGGUCGAUGGCUCAGAGCUGCCUAAUUGUCCUCUCUGGGGUCCUGCAGCUUUACUUCUUGAAGCGUCUCUUCAACGUGCAGAGCUCUGGGAAGCCGAGGUGCUGACAGCUCCCUGGCACAGCACAGCCCACAGGAGCAGAGCCCCACCUGCACUCACCCGCAGCAGUGACUGCUUGCCUGCUCCUCUGCAUCAGCCCCCCUGCUUUCCACAGAGCAAGAGGAGAAAGCCCAGGUCCUGCCCUGGGGAGGGGGUGGUGUAGCUGGAAGCAGAGCUCACUCACCUCCCACCUUUAACUGAAAUUACCUUUAGGAAAAAAAUACAAA